AUGACAAAAAUUGAAAAGUUGUUGAGCACAGAACACGUAACAGAUUUGCACAAAUGUCUUAAAUAUGUUCCAGGUGAGUACUAUAAGAUAAAAGUUUGUUUGAUUGGUGAUGGUGGAGUUGGUAAAACUACCUAUAUUAAUAGAGUAUUAAACGGUAUGUUUACUAGAAAAUAUGAAGCUACUGCUGGUGCAGUUAUUAAGAAUUUAGUGGUAAACAUUAAUGGUGAUGCUCAAAUUGAAUAUCAGGUGUGGGAUACAGCUGGUCAGGAGAAACACAAGGGUCUUGGAGAUGGUUAUUAUGUAAAGGCAGCUGGUGCUUUUAUAUUUGCUGAUGCUACAAGUAGAGAGACUAUCACUAAUCUUCCUAAAUAUUUAAAUAGCUUCACUUUAGCUAACGGUAAAGCAAAUCCAUGUCUGGUUGUUUGUCUUAAUAAGAUUGAUUUAGUUAAGAAUGCUGCUACUGAAAAAGCUGUUUUUAGAGCAGUUAAAGAAUCAAAUAAUCCUAAUGUGAGAAUUGUUCAGAUGUCAGCUAAAAGUGGUUAUAAUUUUGCAGAGCCUUUUGAAAUACUUACAAAACAUCUCUUUGCUGAUGAUGUACAGUUAAGUGCUCAAAUAUCUUUAGAACCUUUACAAAAUGACUACGAUAUUCUUGCUGAUCCAAACGUUGAUGUAAAUAACUUAACUGAAGGCAUUGCAGGUUUUAGAGCAGAUGAAUAA